CCAUCACCUCAAAACCUCUCAAACCCCACAGGCACCGGACCACCACCACCAUUGGCACCACCUCGCAUCACACUCUCUCGCUCGCCAUGAGCUCCCGCGACGCCGCCGCCACGUUCCAUGUCUACCAGCCCGUGCAGAUCCCGACGGCCACGGUGGCGCCCGCUGCGGCAGUGUCGGCGGCGCCGGCAGAGGCCGUCGCCCAGCUGGUCCCGGCGCCGAGCAAGAAGGCGGCCGGCGCGGCGGGUGGGAAGGACCGGCACAGCAAGGUGAACGGGCGCGGGCGGCGCGUGCGGAUGCCGAUCGUGUGCGCGGCGCGGGUGUUCCAGCUCACGCGGGAGCUGGGGCUCAAGUCCGACGGCCAGACCAUCGAGUGGCUGCUCCGCCAGGCCGAGCCGUCCAUCCUCGCCGCCACGGGGACCGGCACCACCCCGGCCGCCUUCGUCUCCUCCUCCGCGCCGUCCACCUCCUCCUCGCACCAGCACACCCUCCUCGGCAAGCGCCAGCGCCAGGAGUCCGCCGCCGCCGACGCCGUCUCCGUCGCCGGCGCCGCGUCCGCGUUCUGGGCGGCGCUGCCCGCACCAGGCCGGCCCGACGCCUGGGGCUUCUCCCCGCUGGACGCGCAGCCGACGUACGUGCCGAUGGCGCAGGCGCACCACCACCACCUCAACCUCCUCGCCGCGCUCUCCGGCGCCGCCAGGCGCGCCGAGGAGGAGUCCCGGUGAAUCACGCACAGCAGCAUGCAUCUUCCGAGCUCUGACACGUCUUUCGCUCAAUUCACCGACGCGUACUGCACUGGCGUCCGUACGCCUUGUUCUUGGGACAGUUCUUGAUUGGAGUGUGCUUCUUCUCUCUACCCCGUGGAUCGAUCGUUUUGCCUUCUUCCUGUGCGGUUCAUCAAUUGCUCAAGAUGAAAUUAAUUGUUGCUGUGGUGUUUAAGCUCAAAACUGUAAAUACGAGUCCUUAGAUCUCAUCUUACUCCUACAAAUUCCAGCGCCGCAUGUGUUUGUGUGUUUGCCACUUGUUUCCAGCUCUUGUGCUAUGAUUCCAUGGAACUUGUUUCAGUUUAGCUUCAUCUACAUCGUUGUCAGACCAAAUCAUUUGACAGUUACAGAAACAUGUUGCAUUGAGCUGCUA